UGCGUUUCAGUCGUUGUCGGUAGUUUGACUAACGAGCAGCGCUGCCCUCCCCCGGCGAAGCCACAUACACACACUACCGGUGACUCGUCACUCCGCGCUGGAAGAUGGCUGCGGUGGAGCGGACCCCGGUCAGGGAAGGGAUCCGAAUAGUUUCACUGUGUGUGUGCUGGUACACGGUCAGCUCGGGGGGCAACAUCGUCAAUAAAAUCAUCCUGAACGGAUUCCCGUACCCGGUCACCGUAUCUCUGUUUCACAUCAUCUCUAUCGUCGUCUUCCUCCCGCCGCUGUUGCGGGCAUGGGGGGUCCCCAAAACAGAACUGCCGGGCAGGUACUACCGGUGGUACAUCUUGCCUUUAGCUUUUGGAAAAUAUUUUGCAUCUGUGUCGGCUCACUUCAGCAUAUGGAAAGUUCCGGUUUCAUAUGCGCACACGGUCAAAGCCACAAUGCCAAUAUGGGUGGUGCUGUUAUCAAGAAUUAUCAUGAGAGAAAAGCAAACCACAAAGGUGUACGUAUCGCUCAUCCCCAUCAUUGGUGGAGUGCUGCUGGCCACAGCGACUGAGCUGUCCUUUGAUGUUUCAGGAUUAAUCAGUGCUCUGGCUGCCACGCUCUGCUUCUCUCUGCAGAACAUCUUCUCCAAAAAGGUAUUACGUGACACACGGAUCCACCACCUGAGGCUCCUCAACAUCCUGGGCUUUAAUGCGGUGAUCUUCAUGCUGCCCACCUGGGUUCUGGUGGAUCUCUCUGUGUUUCUCGUGAAUGGAGACCUGUCGGACGUGUCGGGGUGGUCUGGUACCUUUGUCCUCCUGCUCAUCAGUGGCUUCUGCAACUUCGCCCAGAAUGUCAUCGCCUUCAGCGUGCUCAACCUCGUCAGCCCGCUCAGCUACGCCGUCGCCAAUGCCACCAAGAGGAUCAUGGUCAUCAGCAUCUCACUGCUGAUGCUGCGCAACCCAGUCACCCUCACCAACGUCUUGGGUAUGAUGACGGCCAUAGUUGGGGUCUUCCUCUACAACAAGGCCAAGUAUGACGCUAACAAGCAGAAGAAGCUGCUGCCGAGUUCCAAGCAGGACCUGAUGUCCUUUGACAACCCGGCGCUGGAGAAGAUCCAGGCCAACGGGUCAGUGCCUUUCUCCCAUGGCUCAGAGCAGCAGCAGCAGCAGCAGCACAGCUGGAACAACGUACUGACCGACCACUUCCAGUACAGCCGGCAGGCCUACACGACAAACUACAGCAGCAACCACCAGUAUGUGGUGUAAAGGAGGAGUCUGUCCUCGCUCUGGGUCGCUGUCAUAGACAUUACUGUUACCGCCCCCCCUCCACCCCCCAGCAGCGGGUCUUCUUCCGCUCCACUUCACACUCGAGACUGAAGGCAAGUGCUGUAUGGUUUGAUAGGAAGAAUGAGGCGGUCAUGAUCGACCAGUGACGUGAUCUCUCCCACGUCCCUCCCUGUCUAAACUUCACUUUCUGACACCUUCGCCGUAUGUCAUUGCUUAUUUAUUACUUUGGUACGGACUGUAUGGGAUAGUUUGGGAGAAAACAAAACUCAUAUCAGGCAUUUUGGUGAAGGAUCAAGCCAUGUUAUCCAGACAGAGAAAUGCCACAGCAGGUGGACAUUUGAAAGGUAGUUGAUCAGUGAUUUACACCUCACUGUUUGGAAAUGUUUGAGUUUUGUUUUCACAACCAGCCAUACAUUGUUACAUUGUAUUUUGUUCACUUUCAGAGGAAAGGAUGUCAGCUGUAAUUAUUUACUGGAAACAUGCACCCAAACAAAAGUCUGUCAUGUUAUAUUUUGUAACAAACGCAGUUCAGUGGAAGGGCUUAACAUUUUUGCUUUUAGGCAUUUCAUGUUUAGCAUUGUCAUUUUUUUUCAUGAGGCAUUUGUCAUGAUGUGAGGAGAAACUAAUUGUUUAAAUUGUCCUCGGUGAAUAAAUUGUCUUCCACUAUUCAGAAGCUUGAGGCAGAUGGAAUUUGUUUGUGGACAGUGGAGGAUUUUAGGUGACACUCACCUAGAAAAGUGGUUUUGUAGAUUUUGUCUGGUGGUACAAUAAUUUGAUCAGACUUUCACCAGGCGUUUUGAGCUUUUAAUGACUCAAUGGAGCAAUGUCAGUCAGUUUAGCACGUUGGUCCAGGCUGAAAUAUCUCUGAAAUGUCAUGAUCCUCAGAGGAUGAAUCCCACUGACUUAAAUUCUCCCUUGACUUUUCAUGUAGCAACCAUCAGCUGAAAAUUUCAAUACUAGUGUCUGCCGUCCUAUACUAUACUGAAAUCCUGCAAAACGAAUGACAUUCCCUCCCUCAGCCUCAGCUCUACUAUGUUUAGUUCUGAUUAACAAAUGCUAACAUGCUGAAAAUUCACUGCAACACAGUAUCUGCACCGGCUUUAAAGGGUGCUUCAAAAGUACAAGUGCCUGAUGAAGAAAAAUGCCCAAAUUUCAACAUGAAUUCAUUGUAUCUGCAUGAAGCUGAUGCUUGUAAAGUUGUCACUCAUAAAUAGAUUAGUAAAAUUUCAGCCAGGCUUGUUGUCAGGAAGUGUUCUGAACUGCCACUGUUGAAAACUUUCUUUUCUGAGAUGGCUUUACAAAACACACUAAGUGUUCUUGUCUUUGAAUUGAGACAAAUUUCCCUCAAAACCAAGAGGGAGACUGGUUCUGUCACUUAGAGUCAAUGACCUCCCUCACAUCUGUCCUGUUCCCCAAGGUAACAAAGACAUUAUCAUUUGUUAUCAUUUAUCAUGGGGCAUUAAUGUAAAAUGUAAAAAGUUAGCUUAAACUUGGAUUUACCAAAACAAAGCAUCCUUGUAAUAUGGACUACAACAGCUGCAUACAUGCUUGUGUUUCAUCUUCCCGGGGGAGUCUAACCACGUGAAAUGUAGUACAGAUGUUAAAAUUAAUUAUUUUGCUGUUAUAGCUUCAAGUUGAAGAAUCAAUUUAAAACAAAGGAUGGUAAUUUUUUUUUAAUUGAUUAUUUGUAUUUAUUGAUCUGCAAAGCUUCUCAGGCAGAGUGAGAUUUUCUCUCCUGUCAGGCGAUUUUUCAGCCUGAACCAAAGCUGCUCUAUCAUGUUUAUGUUUUUUUAAACAGAUGCCCGUGUCGAGUUUGAACAUCAUGAAACAACUAAAUGUGUUAUGCAGAUUGUGACCGUCUGUCAAGUGACUUUAUAGUCCUGCUGUUUUAUUUAAAACAUUAUCGUCACAUUGGUGUCAGACAGUCACUGGACAGACUUGAUUUAAACUGAGACAUGCAUGAAAUCAGAGUUUUGGUUGUGCAAUUAAAGAUUCAGCUGUAAUUUCAGUUGGACCUUAGGCUUGAUUAUCAUUAUUGAUUACUAUGUUGAUAAUGAUAAUCAUCUAUUUCUGAAAAGCCUUUUUACUGCUUGAGGAACUAUUUCAUUUAGGAAACAUCUGUCACUUGUUUUUCUUCUAGCAUGACUGCUUCUGUUAUCUCUGAUGCACACCGGGCAUCACACUGCAGCAAUAUAAAGUUUUCAUGUUCUUUUUUUUGUGGUUUAACUAUCUCUGCAUUUGAAAUCAAUGUUGUAUAUUUUGGGGGACAACAUUCAUUUAAUUUUUGUAAAAGUGCCAUUUGUAGCCUGUGAGCUCUUCUUUUUAUUUCAGCUGUAGUUUCUGGAUGACAUGGGUGAGGGAAUUGUGCAGUUAUAUUGCAUUACUAUGGCUUUGUUUAGUGUACUAUGUUUGCCUUUUCCGAUCAUUUUAAAACACUGUCACAGUAUUUAACGUGGAGAAAAAUCCCCAAAUGAUCCUGAAUAGAUCUCUGAGGGGGCGGUGCACUCUGGGCUUCCCAGAGACAGACUAGUAUCAAUUCUUGUCUGUUUAUUCUUUUUUGAAUGGAAACUAUUUCUUCUGAAAUAGUUUGUAGUUGCAUAGUUUGUAGGUUCUUGGGAACUCAAAGAUGCUCUGGUUUUCUCCAUAAGGGAGAAACCAUCAACGCUUCGGUAGGUAACCAAACAUCCUGUCUUUAAAAAAUAUGUAAAGUUGGCUGUUAUUACACUGAUUGACCACAAAAGUAGAAACACUUGUAUGAUGUAAUGUGAACUUUAACAGACCAGAUGCAAUGAAUAAUUUGUACCUUACGCAAAAAAAAAAUAUUUUUCUUUUUGUUAAGACUGCUGCUGUAGUUGUUUGUGUUGACAAUUGUGCACUUUGAGGCUGUUGGACUGUGUUGAAUGGAAACAUGUAAGCAGAAAUAUCCUUGAAAUAUAAUGCAGUCUAAUACAGCACCACAUAUUACAGCCUCACAAAUGACAAAGGAGUUGAAUCAAAACGUUACAGACGAUAUCGGCAUCAAUUAAAAUGAUACAUUUCAUAAGGUCAGCAUUUAUCUGCUGCAAUGUUUUUGUUUCCAGCUACGUUUUUUUUUUUUUUUUUAACUGUUCAUUACAUUUCUAAACUAUGGAUUAAAUUACUGUAUGUUGUGAAAGUUUUUUGCUCCAAGUGCUGAAAUCGAAGAACUACCACCCAACUUUUCAGCUCCACAGAGCUUCAUACUCUCUCUGAGCACAUUUUUGUUUUUCAGUCACAUUUACUGUAUAUUUCAGUGUAGCUGCUCUCUCCAGCUACAACAGCUGGGAUAAACCUAAACAGCAGACUAAUUUACUCACAGUGGAGCAUUUAGAAGUUGAAAAGUUGCUAAAUGAGGAAUAAAUAUCAUGAGAGAGACGGAUACAUGCAAGUAUUUAUCAUUUAACUUAAACAUCUUCCUUAUUUCUACCACUGUCAUAUGAGGAUACCAAUGCCUGAAAAAACACUGCUGUGUUGAAUACCUGUCCUGAUAUAUUGCAAAACACUAAGCACCAGCUGUCAGUCAAGACGAUGCACACACAUGACUUCAACUAGUUUUCUACCACUGGUUCCCCAGAAACAUUUAAAACACAGUCACAUGUGAGAAACCUGUUUUAUAGAUAUCAAGAGGAACAUUCGCCUCCUUUAAUCAUCACAAUUACUCUAAUACAGAGUUAACCUCAAAUUAAAAUUGUCUUGUAAUUAAGACAUAGAAUAAUACUUCAUCUGCAUGUCAAAGCAGCAGAAAUGUGACAUAUCGAGCUAGCUGCGAGUUAAUUCUACUAAAACAUAGAAAAAAUUGCAGAUGUACAUUGACAAAUAAUUUCAUUUCAUGUUUAGGAAUGUAAUACUCGUGUAAUCUGUGUAUCAGAGUCUGCACUCAUUUCCCCAAAAUGUUGAAUCUAGACUUUUGGAUGUAGCAGGAAGUAAAGCUGGUGGUCUAGUAUCUUUUCGAUGCAUUUUUAGCCCGAGUACAUUGGGAGAAAGGAAUAAUAGUACAAGCUACAUUUGAACCUUUUGUGGUUAAUCACACUGUCUACUGCUGCAGCUCAUGUUUUAGCAUUUUGAAUUUUUUUUUUUGUCUUGUUCAUGUCCUCCCUCGUGUUGCCAAAAGCAAGAGUGUAACUAUUGAUGCUGAUGCUCUAUAGGAAGGAGGCCUUGCUUGCUGGUCGACAGGAUGUCAAAUCAGUAAAUUACCACAUGUAGGACACGUGUUGCAAUUUAUAAAUUUCCUCCUGAUUUUGUUUUUCCAGUGUCAUGCUGGCUGUUUUGUUUCUGUACAGUGGGCUAACUCUAAAUUUAGGGAACUCUUGAUUUGGAUGUGUGCUCUUCGCUGUAAAGCUUUUCACUGGGAUGUAAAUGUUAACGAAUGGAGAAAGAGUAAUUGUACAAUUAUUAUUUUUGUGCGUCUUUAAUGGAUCUUGAGACAGAAUUUUUACUUAACCGAUGUUUAUAGAUUUUUUUAUUUAUGGUGUCAAGGUAUGAAAAUGUUGUACAGAAGUGCAGCUAUGCACAGUCUUGUCUGUUUAUGUUUAGUAAAUGCUAUUUUUAAAUGUUUGGGGGGGAAUAAAUGCAUUAUGGAAUCCUGAA